AAAGACACGGCAAAACUACGACAAACCGCUCGGAACAAUUUUACGAUUUCGAGCGAGCGAUUAUAGCUGUUUUCUCCAUUUAUUUGACAUUCACGAAGUAUUUAGUAUUUAUUACUCUUAUCGAUUAAUUCUCCAAAAGAUAAUCAUGGCUCCUAAAAAUUCAAGAGACUAUGACAAAGACAAAGAUCAGUUUAAAUUACUUCUUACUGAAUAUUCUAAGAUGGAUGACAAAACAGGUAACAAAUAUUUUCCAUAUAGGCAACAACUGACUAAAAUUGCCCAUAGAGAGCAAGUAGCAUUAUUUAUUGAUUUGGAUGACGUCAGAGAUUUUGAUGAAGAACUUGCUGAAAUUGUUAGCAAGAAUACUCGUCGAUAUGUUAACUUACUGUUGAACCUUGUUCAAGACAUUCUUCCGGACUUCAAAGAACGACCAGUUACUGCUAAAGAUGCUUUAGACAUUUAUAUUGAACAUCGCUUAAUUAUGGAAGCAAGAAAUCAACAUCCUGGUCAACAAAGGGAUCCUAAACAUAGAUAUGCCCCAGAGCUCAUGCGUCGUUUUGAAAUUUACUUUAAAAAUUUCAAUGAUGCUAAAUCAUUCUCAGUGAGAGAUAUCAAAGCAGAGAGCAUUGGGCAACUUAUGACUGUUCGAGGCAUUGUUACAAGAUGUACAGAAGUAAAACCCUUGUUGGUUGUAGCCACUUAUACCUGUGAUCAGUGUGGUGCUGAAACUUAUCAGGUAAUAACAGGUAUGACUUAUAUGCCUCAACAGCUCUGUGAGAGUGAUGACUGCCGUAUCAAUAAAUCUGGUGGUAGAUUGUACGCACAAACCAAAGGUUCGAAAUUUGUCAAAUUCCAAGAAAUAAAAAUUCAGGAACAUAGUGAUCAAGUACCAACUGGACACAUACCAAGAACUUUAACAGUUUAUUGUAGAGGAGAAAUGACAAGACAAUGCCAGCCAGGAGAUCAAGUUGUAAUUACUGGUAUAUUUUUACCCCUUAUCAGAACUGGUUUUAAUGCUAGAGAAUCUGCAGGUCUUUUGAGUGAAACCUAUUUGGAUGCACAUAGAAUAGAUAACUUGAGUGCAGCGCAUGAUGAGCAGACUCCAAAUGAAUUGACAGAAGAACAAAUAAAUGAAAUGGCUAAGGAAGGUUUCUAUUCAAUUUUAGCUCGAUCAAUUGCUCCUGAAAUUUACGGUUUAGAAGAUGUUAAGAAAGCUCUCUUGUUACUUUUGGUUGGUGGUACUGAUAAAAAGAAGGGUGACAUAAAAAUUAGAGGGAACAUUAAUAUCUGUUUGAUGGGAGAUCCUGGAGUAGCAAAGUCACAGCUUUUGUCAUUUAUUACGAGAUUGUCUUCUCGUUCGCAAUAUACAACAGGUCGUGGAUCCUCGGGUGUUGGUCUCACAGCUGCAAUUAUGAAAGAUCCUUUAACCGGUCAGAUGACCUUGGAAGGUGGAGCUUUAGUUUUAGCUGAUCAAGGUAUCUGUUGCAUCGACGAGUUCGAUAAAAUGGCAGAGUCCGAUCGAACUGCCAUUCAUGAAGUCAUGGAACAGCAAACUAUUUCUAUUGCUAAAGCCGGUAUAAUGGCUCGCCUAAAUGCUAGAGUGUCAAUCCUAGCUGCAGCUAAUCCUGCCUAUGGUAGAUACAACCCCAAGAGAUCAAUCGAGCAGAACAUCCAAUUGCCUGCUGCUUUGUUGUCGAGAUUUGAUUUAUUGUGGUUGAUUCAAGAUAAAGCCAACAGAGACAACGAUUUAAAAUUAGCUCAACACAUAACAUAUGUCCAUCAAUUUGGAAAGCAACCUGAGUGUGAAAUUGAAGCUUUGCCCAUGGAUCUGAUCCGUAGAUACAUCCAAGUAUGUAAGACUAGGGAACCUGCUAUUCCCGAAGAACUUACAGAGUUUAUUGUCGAAACUUACGUUGAGAUGAGAAGAGAAGCACGUAGUGCCCCGGAUCAAACAUUCACCUCCGCACGUAACUUGCUGGGGGUAUUGCGUUUAGCCACAGCUCUAGCUCGCCUUCGUCUAUCCAACGAAGUUGAUAAAGACGAUGUGAAGGAAGCCAACAGACUCAUUGAAGCUUCCAAACAUUCCGUCAACUAUUCUGACAUGUCGAGUGGUGUACCCAAACACAAUGAAAUUAAGAGCAAGAUGUAUCACUUGAUUAGUGAUUUGGCUGUAGAUGGUAAAGUUAUCAAAGUUUCCGAUAUUAUGGAUCGAUGUAUUAGUAAAGGCUACAACCCCGAGCAAAUAAACGCAUUGAUUGAAGAAUACGAAGAACUCAACAUCUGGCAAGUUAAUCAGGGCAGGACGAAACUCACGCUAAUUUAAACAGUUGCAUUAUGUGUAUUUGUAUUUCUAUUUUAUAGGGAUAUGUGAUAAAAGUUUUGUUAGUUCAUAAAAUAUUUUUUUAACAUUCAGUUCUCAAAAAGAUAUGUAAAAAAAUGUGCUUUUUCUGUUGAGAGUUUAAUUGUAUUUUCUUUGAGCGACUUACAUUUCACUGGUAUUAUGUAAGAUGCCUUGCAACAUUUUAUGGUCUUUUUUACAAU